AUGGAUCCGCAAUCACAAAAUCCGACAAUUCAACGCCUUGAAGAAGUUGAAAAGAAAAUUAUUAGGGCUAUGGACUUAGCUGGAUCGGUUAUGGAGGAACUAGGAAAGCCUGACAGUUCAAACAUUUCAAAUGUUUACGACCAAUACUGCCCUGAGUUCAUGGCAUUAAUGAAGGAUAUCCAGGUGACACUGCGGGAUGAGAUUCGAAGGGCAUGUGAGUAUCGUCCGUUUGAGAAAUGUGACUAUGUUCCAAGAAUAUCAAAUGAGAUUGCCUGCAAGAAGGUUGAGUAUGUCCUGGGACAGCUAGAUGACAUGAAGCAAACUAUUGAGAACUAUCACGCUGCAGCUGAAAGCUCUGAUAACAUUGUCGGAGUGCCAUGA